AUGACAUUGGCGGAGACUCUAAGAGAAUCCGUUCAGUCUGCUAGCGGAUCUACGGCCAGAGAAGCAGCCGCGAAUGCGGGAUGCGAGAGUCAUGGAGUCUCACAAAAGGAUAACGGCUCCACCGCCGUGAUUCCCGCUGAAGCAGCAGCGGAAGUUGCGAUGAGCGGCUCGAGCGCUCCAUGUUUUCGACAAAUUCGACAUCACCUCCAUCGCGCCGCGCAUCCUGCUCGCCCGUGCUUUCCCCCACCUUCCCCUCAUCGCUUCCCCUCUCCCACUCCCCCACCUUCCCCUCAUCGUUUCCCCUCUCCCACUCCCCCACCUUUCCCUCCUCCCUUACUUCCAUCCCUCCCACGCUUCCGCUUCUCCCAAGGCUCAAUGUUUUUCGACCAAUUCAACGUCAGCUCCAUCGCGCCGCUCCUUCCGUCCUUCGCCAAACUUUUCCGCCUGCCCGAAACGUCCUCAACACUUCUCCUCGCGGGCCGGUCCACAUCCGCCAUUCUCUUUGCGCUGCCCGCCUGCCCGCUGCUCUCCUGCGUCACCACGUUUUGCGGGCUAACGGUCACUUUGCUGCUCUACGCCGCGACGCUCGUGCUGCUCGCGUAUCCCGCAGGGCCGCUGUGGCUGGCCGGAGCGCUAAUGCUACAGGGUAUAUGCACGCAGCUUGUGCGCGCCGGCGCGCUUUCAUUCGCCACACACGCGCACAGCCCUUCUGCGCUCCCUUCUCCUUCCCCUUCCGCAUCCGCUUCCGCCUCCGCUUGCGCCUCCCCGCACGCCUCCCCCACCUCCGCCGCCGCCUCCGCACAGAAGCUUCCGCAGGUGCUUCCGGGGGAAGAUGGCGCACUCUCCCCGCAUCCCUCCGACCUCGUUCCCGCGCUAGCCGCUGCGCCCGCCACCGCAGGGGAAAAACCGGAAUCCGUCACGUCUGCAUCAUCCCAACAGGGAAAAGCCGGCGCCGCCACCGCCGCCGCCGCCGAAGCACCAAAGACCGCAGCGGCGGCGCUUGGAGGGCGCGAGCUGCUGUUCGGCGCGGUCGCGAUGCUGUUCGCGUGGGCGGCGGUGGGCUCAGUCGCUGGCCCCGUUACAAUGACAUUCCUGUUCCAGUUCGGUUCGCCGUCCCUCCCGUUCCUCUUCUCCCUCGGGAUUGACGCCGCGCUGUUGUUCCUCCUGCUCUUCGUCCUCCCCUGCUGCUGCGGCGGCCGGCGCCGCAAUAAAGUCGCUGACGUGGAAAGUGUAGCUUCUGCUGUAGCUGCUGCGAAGGCGAAAGACGGUUCUGGAAAAGCUUAUAUCGAGUACAAUGGUACUAUAAGCGGGGGUAGUAUUACGGAAGCGCCAUUGGCAGAUAGCUUGCCGACGUGGCAGCUACAGGUGUCAGAGCAGGAGCGGCCCGUCGUGUACCGAGGCGCGCCCAUCUUCGCCAUUCCUUCCAGAAGCUCCUCCCUCACGCGCUCCACGUCAGCACGGUCCUCAUCCAGGUCAGCGGCGGCAGACGUGCCCCUAUCUCCCAUGGGAUCCUUGGAAAGAGGGCAUGUGGAAAUCGGGGUUCUAGGCCAGCCCUCAGCCGUCGAUCCCACCAAACCCAAGCAACACCGCCCGAAUCAACGGCUGUCAGCGCUCCGUCUCUUCGCCACGAUGCUCACAGACGGCACCUCUGCCACCCUGCUCGCCCUCACCUUCCUGCAAACCCUCUCCAACGGGCUCCUAGAGGUCACCGUCUCGUUCUUUCUAGAUAACACCUGCGACCACUCCCCAUCCGAGAUCGGCAUUUCCAUGGGAAUCAACGGCGCUUCUUACGCGCUCUUCUCUCUCCUCUUCGGUGGUUACCUCAUCCGGAAACUGGGUCCCCCCGCUACAAUCACGCUCGGGGCCGCCACACUCGCCGCGACGCUCCCUCUCCUGGUCAUCCCGGGGGUGUCAUGCCAGCUGCACGUUUUAUACCCGUUAAUAGCUCUCACAGGAGUGGCGUACUCGUUAGUGGAGUUCCCCAGCCUGCCGUGUAUAAUCCAGGCGUUGGACAAGCGGGCGGCAGCUGGGGAAGGCUCGUCUGACGUGGCGCUUGCAGUGGGGAUGUUUAAUUUGGCGUAUACUGCGGGGUAUGCUUCAGGGCCACUGCUGUCUGCGCUGCUGGGUGUGUGGCUGAAGGCCUGGCAAAAAAUGGCGGUUAUAUCGGGUGCGUUCGUGUUGCUGCUGCCGUUCCUCUGCUGCAUGCGGAGAUGA